GCUGAAGCAAUGUUUGAUCAUGUAUCGUAUGAAGAAGAUGAGUUAAAAUUUCUUGUUGGUGAUAUUAUUCUUAUACUUGAUGCUAAUGACGAAGAUUGGUGGUAUGGUAAAUUGAUUACCGAUGACGAAGAUCAAGUAGAAGGGUGGUUUCCUUCUUCAUUUGUUAGAUUACGUGUAGCUCAAGAAACCGCGGCCGAAGAGGUUGCCGAAAAGCAACGUAAAACAAGCGUAUCCUCGGAUAAAGGUGUUGAAAAAUUAGCUUAUAUUAGGGGCCGAGUCAUUGAUGAACUAUUGCAAACCGAGAAAGAUUUUGUUGGAUAUCUUAAAUUUAUCAUCCAGGAUGUAUUAUACGAAGCAAAAGCACAUCCCAAUAUGUUUUCAGAAGAACAGAUUAAAACAAUUUUUGGAAAUUUAGAAAAUCUAUUUAUAUUACAGAAAGAUUUUCUAAAAGAUUUAGAAAUUUCAGUUUUAAAGAAUGACAACAUAUCAUCGCGUAUUGGCAAAUGUUUUUUAGAUUACGGUGAUCGUUUUGGUAUUUAUACUGAAUAUUGUGGAAAUCAUCCUAAUGCCUGUGCUGAAAUACGACGAUUGUGCACUAAUUUGAAAUAUCAGCGAUUUUUUGAGUUGUGUUGCAAACUGCAUCCACUUGGUACAUUGGGUAUGGAUGGAUUUUUAGUUAUGCCAGUCCAGCGUAUUUGUAAAUAUCACCUACAGCUAGCAGAACUACUUAAGCAUACAUCGCCAACUAGUAGCGAGUAUAGUAUAGUAAAGGCUGCUCACCAACGUAUGAAAGGUGUAGCUAGUAAAAUAAAUGAACAGAAAAGAUUAAUUGAAAAUAUUGCGCAAAUCGCAAACUGGCAGAAGUCGAUCGAAGCAUGGGAGGGUGAUAAUGUGGCUAUGAAAAGUAUCAAAUUGAUAUAUAGCGGACCUGUGCGUUUAUUGUCGAAAGGCAAAGUGAAAGAUCGUAUGUUUUUCUUAUUCGACCGUCAAUUAAUUUGCUGUAAAAAGGAUGGUGGAGGAUUAACAAAAGGUAAUUUAGUAUAUAAAGGACGCUACGAUCUAGAAGAAUAUGAUAUUAUUCCACUGGAAACUUUUGAAGGUAAUAUUUAA